AUGUGCGAGAAGAUCUUACAGACGACGGCGAGGCGGGAUCCGGGAGGCUCCUCGUACGCGUACACUCGGCCACCUACCGAAGCGAAGAAGCGAUCUGGGGGUCGGCGGACCCCGAUCGGCGAGGGCGGUGGGGCGAGCCUCAUCACCGUCCUGGUGCUCGCCUUCGGCGUGGUGUUCCUGCCCAAGGCCACGGCCGACGACGCCGUGCUGCAGCGGUUCGCGCUGGCGCCCGCCGACCCGGCGUCUAACUCCAUCAUCUCCUUCAACGUCACCGCCACGGUGUCGCUCCGGAACCCCAACAUGUACAGGGCCAUCGAGUACGGCGCGCUCGUCGUGACAUUCUCCUUCAACGGCACUCGCUUCAACGACUCUGUGUCCGUGUCGGGGUUCAAGCACAAGGCGCGGAAGACGGCGACACAGAGCGUGAGAGUCGACGGCGUGGGCAAGCCCAUCAAGCUGACCAGGCCCGGGGUGGGUGAGUUCCGGACGGAGAACGACACGGGCAGCUUCGGCGUGGAGAUGCGGCUGGACACGAUGCUCCAGUACAAGGGCCGGUCCCACCCCACCUUCACGCCUCCUCGUGUCGUCGCAACCGCAGAUCUGACCAACGACCCCUGA